UGCACCCUUCACUGACAAAGCAAAGGAAUGAUUACUCAGUAUUGACAUUUAUACGUUUACUCAUACAAUAUGUUGUCUGUCACAUAUAUUGUUUUCCUUUGAAGGUAUUUUGAAACCAUUUAGUUUCAUAUUCUUGUGUUCUACGGAUUUGUUGCUUUCAAUAUAUGACAGUUUAGGAUUAAACAAAUAUGGAUAAAAAGGGAUGUUAAGAAAACCCAUCCAAAAUAGAAACUGAAGUAGAAGUUUUGAAUUUGAAGAUAUGAUGGAUUUUACAAGGAUGAAAACAGAUGUAUUUUUGACCUUGACCUUGAUGUAUUCUAUAUGCCUGGUACCCUGUAAUGGAGGAUUGGUUUAUUUCCUUGACACACAAGUGGUAGCCAGUGAGGGGAACCAGUUCAGUCUGAGGAUAGGACAUACUGGCACUCUUACACAGAUUGUCAAUGCAAUUGUCAGGGUUGAUAACUCAGAUCAAGACUUUGUGGGCAGCAGUCAAGUUGCAGCAUUUGCUCCAGGGGGCGAUAAUGUUGCCUCCGUAACAUUUAUGGUGUUUGAUGACAGUGAACCAGAGAUAGAAGAAACUUACACAUUUACGUUACAGGCGAUAACUUCAGGAACAGAUGUGACAAUACCAAAUAUGGCUACUGUAAUAAUACAGGCAAAUGACGAUGCUUAUGGCGUUUUUAGCAUAACAAAUGUUAGUCUUACUUUCUUGUAA